ACAAAACGUUCUGUCAAUUCUCUUCUUCCUUUUUUUUUUCAUUUUAUUUUUGUUUUUAUCAAAGAGCUAAUAAAAAAAUGUCUUAUAUUUUAUCUCGUCUUCAAUUAAAAGGUAUUAAUAUGUUAACUAGACCUGUUAUUGGCCGAGCAUUUGCGCCAAGAGUUAUUUCUGUAGUACCGAAAUAUUCUUUGACAAACAAAGUCAGAAACUACUCUAGUCGACCUAUGGAAAACAAUAAUACUGCGCAAAGAAGACCAAAGGUGUCUAUUAAAACCAUUCAAAACAUGUAUAAACGUAAAGAGCCUAUUUCAAUGAUGACAGCACAAGAUUAUCCCUCUGGUUUAGUUGUAGACCAAUCUGGUAUUGAUAUAUGCUUAGUUGGUGAUUCUUUAGCUAUGGUCAGUUUAGGCUAUGAUUCAACUAAUCCUCUUACUGUUGAGGAUAUGCUGCAUCAUUGUCGUGCAGUUGCAAGGGGGGCCAAGGCACCUUUUCUUGUUGCAGAUUUACCCUAUGGUAGCUAUGAAGCAUGCCCUGAUGAUGCAGUCCGAGUCUCUCUUCGUUUCUUAAAGGAAGGAAAUUGCGAUGCAGUUAAAUUAGAAGGCGGAAUAGAAAUGGCAGAAACAAUUCGUAGAAUAACUCAAGUUGGAAUUCCAGUGUUGGCUCAUAUUGGUUUAACACCUCAGAGACAAUCAGCUUUAGGUGGAUUUAGAGUUCAGGGUAAGACAGCUAAACAAGCAAGUGCGUUACUGAAAGAUGCGUUUGCGGUUCAAGAAGCAGGUGCUUUUGGUGUGGUUCUAGAAGCAAUGCCUUCAGAAAUUGCAGAAUAUAUUACACAACAGCUAAAAAUUCCUACAAUUGGUAUUGGUGCUGGUGUUGAGUGUUCAGGUCAAGUUUUAGUUCAAAAUGAUGCUUUAGGUUUAUUUGACAAAUUCGUUCCCAAGUAAGUUGUAAAUAAUAAUAAAAAUUGACAUUUUACUAAUGAAUUUAAUUAUAGAUUUACAAAGCAAUAUUGUAACUUGAACCAAAUUAUUGUGACAGCUUUAAGGGAAUAUCAUGAAGAAGUGAAGUCAAAAAAAUUCCCCGCAUCUCAACACACGUAUCCUAUUGAUC